GCGUCGCGACGCUCCCGCCGUCAUUCCCGCGCGUAGACACCGAAGAGUAUAUCUCGCGGGUAUCCCCGGACGUCGGACGUCGUCGUCGUCGUCGUCGUCGUCGUCGGUGACUUUACGGAGUGGAAGUCGACCCGCGUCGCAUCCUCGCAGUCUGCAGCCACGUGAGAAGAACGUACAUAGGGCCGCUCUCGUCGCCGCGUAAAAAAAAAACGAAAGUUUCUCAUCUCGCCCCCUCUGCUGGCAAGAGGAGACCGGACGUUUCCUGUCUUUUAACGGUCCAAGAAGAUAUCUCUCCCUCCUCUCUCCCCCCCGUCCCCCCAUUCCCCCCGUGUGUCGCGCACCUCGUCUCUCACCUGCAGAAUCGCAGGAUUGCAAAGCCGGCAAAGUCUGACACAGCAACAGGUUAAACCAGGCAUCAUGAAGUCAAGAACGAGUUUAAUCACUAUGCGAAUUAUUAUGUUCUACCUGUUGAGCGCCGUCGGGCGAUCGGCAGCGGCAAUCGAAGAAGCAUCUUCCUCGUCUUUACAUAUUCCACGAAUGCAGCCGCUAUUGAACAACUUGGAAUACGGGGAACCUGUGAAAAAGGCGUACAUUGCCGAAUACAAGAGAUUACCCAUUUACACCUUCGGCAUCGGGAAACGAUGGGCUGACAGUAACGAUGAUAAAAGAACACGGCAGCAAUUCUCAUUCGGUAUCGGCAAGCGUCUCCGGGACUACAGUUUCGGUAUAGGAAAGCGUAACAAUGGAUACCAUCCCUUGAGUUUGGACUACUUCCCGGCCGAUAACAUGGAGGGGUAUCAAUCUCACGAGGACAACGAUUUUAUGGAGGACAAACGCGGCGGCCGACAGCACUUCGGCUUUGGUAUCGGCAAACGAGUCUGGAAGUUGGCGACUGGGGAAACGGCCGGAAGAAGACUGAACGAUGCAGCCGUAGUCCCGAAAUAUUUGCUCGGUCUGGGCAAAGAUCUGGAUGAGGACGAGGAUUUAAAUCAAUAAAGCGUUCUCGUCGAGGAGCACGAAUUAUUAUCUUCCUUAGUCGCUUUGACCCCCCUGGACGAUCCCGGAAGGAAUGUCUGAUUUAUCUGUUUCCGAAGAAAAUAUAUAUUUUGGUAAAAUGCAAUAAUAGCGGAUAGAUACAAUUAAAAGAGCUGUACAACUAUUCGUUUAUUAAUUUACUAAUUUUUUAACGUUUUAGAUUUUUAAGACGUGUCGAAUCGGAUUUUAAUUUAAAAAAAAAAAGCAUAAAUCUAUUGUAAAAUUAACGUAUCAGCAUUCUACGUUGUACAAAUUAAUAAUCAAUUUAUUGAUACAUCUACUGAUAAGAUUUACGGAUAAAUAAUAAACAUUAAAUAAUGAGUGUUUCUAUUUUGCUGGAUAAAUAAUAAACUCGAUUAUUAAGAUUAAAUUCAUUAAAAUCACAUAUAAUGCUCUCUUGAUCUAUCAGCCAUACCACGAUUUUAUUGAGUGUCGAGAGCAGAGCGAGUUGUCCAUGGACGUUAAGAGCGAUAAGAACGUGAUGUCGAGAGAUUUUCUUUUCCCCAACCAAUUUGGUAUAAAAAAAAAAUUCGUGCGCCAUCGACAUAGUUCCUUCUCCACUUGUAAAUGUUUAACAAAACGACGCAGGUACCUUAAUGGAGAAAGAUACAUUCGACGUUAGAAGAAUUCUCUAAAUAUAUUUUUUAGGCGAAGCUAUUCGAUUUCGUUGUUCUCUCAUGUUUCCCUGAUGCUCCUUAAUUAGCAAUUGAAUUGAAAAUAUUUGUUUUCUAUUUGUAAGAUAUAUGAAAGCCGAACGCAAGCGUAUAGAGAAGAAACACCAUUUCUUUUGGUAUAAGUCUAUUUAUGUAUUAUUUAUACAUAUAUUACUUAGCGCUUCACAUUGAUGUUGAAAUAAAAUUACACUUUUCCUUAUCAUUCUUUUAACAUCGCACAAUUAUAGGAAUAUAUAAGUAAUACUAUCGAUUAGAGCGACAGGAGAGCCAUUAAGUUAAUUGCCUUUUUUUUUGUAUCGCAAUGAAUUGCAUUGUAAUUUAGCAAACACACACAGUUAAACGCAAUUUUACUGUACGAUAGAUAGGAACAAUAUCUCGAUGUGCUAAAAAGUUAUAUCCACCUGUAACCGCGGCAGUGCCAUACAUUGUCUCUUUAUUGUUCGACGAUUAUAAUUCUAAUCGUUAUAUGAGAAGAAGUGCAGAAGCUAUAUAUUGCAUAAUUGUGUACCAGUGUCCUCAAUGUCACAAUAAAUCUCGUAAUCUCUUCUUUUCGUCACAUAUGUGUAUGUGAAAACACACACACACACACACUUUGAAUAUCAUUUUAUUUCAUUGUGUCAAUUAUAAGAAUUUUGUUAACAAUAAAUGUUACUGACGUUUUCACGCGUGAUACAGCAAUGUAGAUUUAUUCUACCAAACAUACCAUUAUAAUAAUAAAUAGAUGAAUGCAAA